UGGUAUCUCAGUGUUUUUCAAAUUUGCAAUUCCCUAAUGACCUAUGAUGUUGAGCAGCUUUUCACAUGCUUGUCAUCUGUAUCAUGAAGCGUCUGUUCAGAUCUUUUGCCCACUUUCUAAUUGGGUCAUUCAUUUUCUUAUUGUUGAGUUUUAAGAGUUCUUAACUGUAUUUUGGGUAACAGUCCUUUAUCAGAUACGUCUUUUGCAAAUAUUUACUCCCAGUUUGUGGCUUCUCAUUUUCUUGAUGUAUACAUCUUUUUACACUAUGCAACCAUGCUGAGCAUAUAAUUUGCUUUCAAUAUAACACUACAGCAAGCAUUUCCCAUUUUGCCUGAGACUGCCCAAUCACCAUUUGAAGGGGCUGCAAAGUAAAUACCACAUUUCUUCCUCCGCAGCCCCGCAGACUAGAUGUUAUUAUCCCCACUUUACAGGUGAACGGAGGUGAGAACGGUAAUUUGCCUGAGGUUCCAGCGGGGUCCACAGCGAGCUCGCAUUCCCCUGGGUAAUUCACCCAGCGUGUUCCCCGGGGCCAAGCUGCCUCUCCCCCCGCGGAGGUUCCUACGACCAGAUGACAUUUCCUCUUUUCUUCUGGCCUCCCAAUUCGCUUUAAACCAAGGUGAAGCCCCGAUCCCUAGGCUGACAGAUCACUGGGUUUCUAAAACGGGGUCCCAGGCCCGGUUGGCGGGGGCGGGCGCUCGCCCGGUCCUUCUCCUCCUCUUUCUCCUCCUCCCGGGCAGGGCAGGGGCGGGGCGAGCAGUCCACGCCCUCCCGCCGGCCGGGCUCAGUAGCUCGGGGAGAAACGGCGCGGGCCGGACGCGGGCUCCCGACGCGGCGGUCCCUGCGGGCCCACCCCCCGAGGCGCGCCGACGCGACGACCCCGGAGCGAGCGAGCGCGGGCUGCGGCUGGACGCGCCGGACGCAGGCCACGGAGCCAGGCGCGGUGAACGCAGCGGGACGGCCACUCUGAGGCCCGGUCUCCCUAGCCCGCGAGCUCCGGCCCCAGGGACCCCAUCUCCGGCUCGGGCGUGCUGCCGCGGCGGCGGGACCCGCCCUGCCCCUGCCGCCACCGCUUCUCGGCUCGCGGGGCCUGAGGAAGUUCGCCUCGGAAACGAAAGGCACAGCUCCGAGGGAAAAGAAAAAGUGGUGCAUUUUUGGGCAUUCUGAGUAUUCAGAAGGAAACCAAUCAUGUCCUUGGAUGACAUUAAGAUGAAAUCUACCGACUUCCUGGAGCAGGAGUAUCUAGACAGCGGGGGCUUCGGAAAGGUGUCCUUGUGUUUGAACAGAUCCCACGAACUCGUAAUACUGAAAAAGGUCUACACAGGGCCCAAGCGCACCGAGUAUGACGAGUCCCUCCUCGAGGAGGGCAGGAUGAUGCACAGGCUGAGACACGAUCGGGUGGUGAAGCUCCUGGGCAUCAUCAUAGAAGAAGGCAACUACGCGCUCGUGAUGGAGUACAUGACGAAGGGCAACCUGAUGCGUGUGCUGAAAGCUGAGAUCAGUAUCCCCCUUUCUGUGAAAGGAAGGAUAAUUAUGGAGACCAUUGAAGGAAUGUGCUACUUACAUGGUGAAGGUGUAAUACACAAGGACCUCAAGCCUGAGAACAUCCUCGUGGACGGCGAUUUUCACAUUAAGAUAGCUGAUCUUGGCGUUGCUUCCUUUAAGACGUGGAGUAAACUGACUAAGGAGGAACACAAUGAGCAGCGGAAACUGAACAGUACCUCUAAGAAAAAUGGUGGCACCCUCUGCUACAUGGCCCCGGAGCAUCUGAACGACGUCAACGCAAAGCCCUCAGAGAAGUCAGAUGUGUAUAGCUUUGCCAUAGUGCUUUGGGCAAUAUUUGCAAAUAAAGAGCCAUAUGAAAAUGCUAUCUGUGAGCAGCAGUUGAUAAUCUGCAUUAAAUCUGGGAACAGGCCGAACGUGGAGGACAUCAUUGAGUACUGCCCAAAGGAGAUUAUCAGCCUCAUGAAGCAUUGCUGGGAGGCGAAUCCAGAAGUUCGGCCAACAUUUGCUGGCAUUGAAGAAAACUUCAGGCCUUUUUACUUAGAUCAAUUAGAAGAAAAUGUAGAAGAGGAUGUGAAGAGUUUAAAGAAAGAGUAUCCAGACCAAAGUGCGAUUGUGAAGAGAAUGCAGUCUCUCCAAAUUGAUUGUGUAGCAAUACCUCCAAGCAGGUCAAAUUCAGCCACAGAACAGCCCAGUUCGCUGCACAGUUCCCAGGGACUUGGGAUGGGUCCCGUGGAGGAGUCCUGGUUUGCUCCCGCCUCAGAGCACCAGCAAGAGGAGAAUGAGCUCAGCCUGCAGAGUAAACUCCAGGAGGAAGCCAACUACCAUCUUUAUGGCAGCCGCAUGGACAGGCAGACAAAACAGCAACCCAGACAGAACGUGGCUUACAAUAGAGAGGAGGAAAGGAGACGAAGGGUCUCCCAUGACCCUUUUGCACAGCAGAGGCCUUAUGAUAAUGUUCAGAACUCAGGGAUUAAAGGCCUUACUUAUCCCAGUGCAAACAGUCAUGCUAAUGCAGUACACCAACCAACGGGGCUAACCAGCCAACCCCACGUACCACACUGGCACAAUGGAUCAUAUAGUCCACAUGGUUUUGGAACAAGACCAUUGGAUCUGGGAACAGCAGGUCCAAGAGCUUGGUAUGGGGCAAAUCCAAGCCAUAUGUCAAGCAUGCAUAAAACUCCAGUGCCUGAGACCAACCUCCUGGGAAACACACCCACCAUUCCGUUCAUCUCCUUCCCAUCAAGAGAUGAGUCUGCAAAGUAUACCAUCUACAACAGCACUGGCAUUCAGAUUGGAGACUAUAAUUAUAUGGAGAUUGGCGGAAUGACUUCCCAACUACUGGACGGCACAUACAUGAACCUGAAGCAAGAGCCAGCUUCUAAGUACCAAGAUAUCUUUGAUAAUAUGACUAGCCUGACUGAUAAACACCUGGACCCAGUCAGGGAAAAUCUGGGAAAGCACUGGAAAAACUGUGCCCGUAAGCUGAGCUUCACUGAAUCUCAGAUUGAUGAGAUUGACCAUGACUAUGAGCGAGACGGACUAAAAGAGAAGGUUUACCAGAUGCUGCAAAGGUGGCUGAUGAGGGAAGGCAACAAGGGGGCCACAGUGGGCAAGCUGGCCUACGCGCUCCACCAGUGUUCAAGAAUAGACCUUCUGAACCACUUGAUACACAUCAGCCAGUACUGACUCUGGAAGUGGCUUUGGCAGCAGGAAGUAACCUCUUUUUUUUUUUUUUUUGAGGAAGAUUAGCCCUGAGCUAACUGCUGCCAAUCCUCCUCUUUCUGCUGAGGAAGACUGGCCCUGAGCUAACAUCCGUGCCCAUCUUCCUCU